UCACGUGGUUUCGUUCUCUUUGAGCGGCGUGGAAUGAACAUGGCGGCCGGUAGUUUCUUUGUGUUGUGUUUGGGUCUUUUUGGACUUGUUUUAGUAUCAGGUGAAACCUGUGUAGGCCCAAAAGUCACAACAGAUGUGUACACUUCAGAUAACAUAUUUAUGUCCACUGAGACGGUGUUUCUUACUCAGUUUUCUCUGAAAUGUGAUAAUAAUGCUAAGGAUAUCAAUCUAUAUGCCGARGUUAAUGGAAAUGUUAUGCCUGUUACCAGGUCAGCCGAUAAUACUAAAUACCAGGUAAGCUGGUCAUCAGAGCACAAAAAGGCUGCAGCAGGAGUUUACAAAGUUAACUUCAUGGAUGARGAGGGAUAUUCUAACUUUAGAAAGGCACAAAGAAGUGGAGGAUCUACUGACAUCAAGCCUUUGUUCACUAUUGAGAUCAACCACAAAGGUGCUGGGCGUGAAGGAUUAUGGGUACAAACGGAAUUCCUUGCUGUAGUKGCUGCUCUGCUUAUCUGGUGGAGYGCUAAUAAUGUCAAGAGUAAAAUCCAAGAUUCUUAAUACUACACAAUUUUGUUUACCAUCCACUUUCAAAGUCCAAAUUUUAAUGUAUUUAAAGAAAAUGAAAUAAAAGUACUUUUUACAGUAAA